AUGUUUUUUAUUCAGUGGUACUCCAUAGCGAUGGUCGUACUGCUCGACCUCGUAUGCGUCUUUCGGUUGAGUGUUCUGCAGCAGCCGUUGUCUGUGGCCACCGUGGUGUGGUUUGACAGGGCCUCCGAUAGCCCACAGGGGGCGAUGCUGCUCGCCGUAUUUCUUCUCUACUUGGCUCUGCCGAAGAUACUUGUUGCCUACGAGCCUCUCAAUCGCUGGACGCUGCUACUCGCGGCGAUUGGGGAGACUUUUCGUCUGGCACUUUUCUCCGCGCUGUUUACUGACUUUGACGGAGCGACGCAGCUGAACACCGUGGUGCUCACAUUCCUUUUCUACAACGCAUACAUUUACUGGUGGAACUGGAGAGCCAUGCACAAGAUGUUCUCGCGCUAG